GUGUUGCCCAAAUAUAGAUAGGUAGGCUUAGUCAUCACAAGGCCCACCUGAAAUAUUUCUCUUAUUAUUUCCGCGACCUCUUCCUCAGAAGUAGCAACGGUUGUGAGGCGAGGCGGUAAUUCGAGGGACUCAAAAGGACCUUUCAUAGAGGUUGGUCGUAAAUCUGUCGGGAAAGAAUAAGUUACUGCCGAGCGAUCGCGAGAACAAUCGGUUAGAGAUUGCAGACGACACUUUAUUUGGGACGGGGGACUUGGUUCAAGAUGGCGGCUACAGACGACACUAGGACGCAACGUCCCAAAACAGGCGCGACUUUUUCCGUCUUCAGAACAUUUUGUUUCUUGACCGCGAUGGUGUUCUUAAAUCCCGUGCACGGCCAAGCCCCAACACAAACCUCUCUGCAGAGACUAGAACAGAUGGCGCAGACUCUGAACACGUCGUUUGUCACACCUUUGCUAAACACCUGGAAUGGACAGGUGGACUUGAUCUUCGUACUGGACAGGUCGGCUAGUAUAGGAUGGUACAACGGCGCCUGGGACUCCAUGCUGCAGUUCGUGGAAAACCUCUUGUACGAGUUCAGCGUGAACUCAGUACACACCAGGGUCUCCAUCAUCACAUACAGCACCACAGUCUCUGUGGAUGUGGACUACCUGAGUGAUGGUUCAGCAUCUAGCAGGUUAACAAAGUGCAAACUUAAUGAUGACAUAGAGAAAAGGUUGAGGAACAAGGCUCUUCAUGGUUGGACAGCCACGACUACAGCUCUAGAGAGAGCGAAACAAGUUGUCCUAACAAGUCGACCAGCAGCGAAGAAGGCCAUCUUUCUUCUGACCGAUGGCCGCUCGAAUAUCGGACAGCCACCUUCUAUCCCGGCACGAGAGAUUGCGAAUCUGAGGUGGUCAGGAUGGGACAUGGCCACACAAGGCAGACAGGUGGAAAUCUUCGCCUUGGGAAUUGAAGAUGCAGUUGAAGCUGAGUUGAAAUCCAUAGCCAACCCCAGUCAGGAGGAUCACUACUUCUUUCUAGACAACUUUCAAGAUUUUAGUCUUCUGGCAAGGCUUCUGCAUGGAGACCAGCAAGAGGAGUUCUGGUCAGUGACAGACAGGUCCUAUUGUGACUACCACUGUGGCUCCCACUCUACCUGCUCCUGCCCAUCCAAGUCUGGCUAUGCCACCUGCUCCUGUGAGGAGGGGUAUGGGGGAGAUGGACACCUCUGUACAGCAUGCCCUGUGGGUACCUACAAGGACACCCUGAGCCCUACGGAAUGUACCACCUGUCCAGAGGGGACGACCACCAUGGGUACAGGAGCCACCAGCCGGGACCAUUGUGUCUGCAGCGAGGGGACGGAGGAAAGGAACGGGACAUGUGCUGUUAGGAGCUGUCCCACACUGCCAGCAAUCCAGCAUGCCUCCAUGGUCCAUGUGAAUGGUAGAGUCAUAGGAGAUGUGAAUUACAAUGUGGUCGGCAUGCAGCCAUGUAAGAACACUCCCGGAGACACCUGUUACAUCAGGUGUGAUACCGGCUACAGGGCAUCUGGUGAACACAGUCUCUACUGCAACACCUCUUUUGUGUGGGAAGGCACCCUACCAACCUGCAAUGUUGUGACCUGUGGACCAUACCCCAAUGUGAGUGACAGCACAAUGGUGUACAACCACAGUGCCAGUGGUCCUUACACCUACAAAUCUACCCUGGAGAUUAAGUGCAAUGCAGGGAGGACUCCUAUCUUUGAUACAGCCAGGACCUGUCUGGCAAAUGGAUUGUGGAGUGGAGCAAGGGCCACCACUUAUUGCAAAUCUGUGGAAUGCCCCAACCUGGAGGUCCCUGCCUUUGCGAGCGUGUCUCCCCCAGAAUGUGGCUACAGGAAACAUCCUCACGGAACUCAGUGUAACGUCACCUGCAGUGAAGGGUUCGAGCUGAGAGGGGGCGCAGCUGUACAAACCUGUGGAACUGGAGACAGGUGGAGCCACCAUGGCAGCACACUCACCUGCACAGACGUCCAGCCCCCGACACUUGUGUGCCCUCCAGACAUCCUGACCUACUCUGACCCUGGGAUGAACUCCACCCUUCUCCACUGGGUGGUACGUCCGACUGCUUUAACAGACAACGACGGCACAGUGCCCAGCUACACGGUUCAUCCCAACCACCCCAACCCACACCACUUUGAUGUUGGGGUGCACGUCCUGUUCUACAGCGCUACUGAUACGUAUGGCCUGACAUCACAGUGUCAACGUCACAUCCGUGUGGAGAAUGACAAGCCACCCACCCUGCUCUCCUGUCCUGACAACAUGGAAGUUACAGUCCAGUCAGCUUCCGGCCAUGUCCUGGACUGGACAGACCCUGUGUAUGUGGAUGACAACAAUCAGUCAGUCCCAGUGGAGUGCACUGCUAACAAGGGUCAGGCUGUCAGUCUGGGGUCUCACAACGUCUACUGUUGGGCACAAAACUUCCCACGCAACAAUCGCUGUAAAUUCAUCAUCACUCUCCUCCCUCCAGCCUGUGAGGUUCCUGACCCUCCUCGGAAUGGGGUAGCAGUUUGUGGCUCCAUUCCAAACUUUCAGCGGUACUGCACAGUCCGGUGUAAUAACAGGUAUGACUUUGCUACGAGCCCAGCAGAUGCUUACACUUGUGACUACAGUGGAAACUGGCAUGGAUCACCAUUUCCUUGGCCAGACUGUUCAGGCCGAGUGCGACCGGGAAGGGCCACCCAGAAGAAUGACCUGUACUACUACCAUGGUAACUGUGCUGAAAACAUUGAAGAGAUCAAACAAGGGUUCCUCCAACUGUACAAUACACUACAGAGUAGUGACUGCAGUGCUGUCAACCCUGCUAUCAGCUGUAAUGUGACUGAUAUUGAGGUGGAAUGUGGAAUUACUCUAAGAAGAAGAAGGGACGUCAGUGAUGAGAGAACAAGAACAAGAGCAGAAGACCACAGUGUUGUGAAGAGACAGACCCAGCAGCCAAACUUCAAGAUCUUCUUUGUCAUUGUGGCUGUGUAUGGGGAUGGAGGGGAUGUCUCACAGGAGGACCAAGUAGCCAUCACCACUGCAUUGGAUGACUUUUACUUUGAGAUAGGUCAUAAGGUGGAUAACAAGACGUUAGACUUACCAUUAGGGAAUGAGACCCUGGAGUCCCUGCAUUACACUGGUUUCUUGGCAGAGUUUGAGCUGAAUUGUGCCCCUGGACAACUGGCAAAGAUAGAGUCAUAUGGAGCAUCAUGUGUGAACUGCCCAGUGGGUAUGUAUGGGAAUGGCACAGCUUGUGUUCCCUGUGCAGUAGGCUGGUACCAGGAUGAGGAGACACAGACCCAGUGUAAACAAUGUCCAGUUGGCUCAUCAACCUUGUCUGAGGGAUCCAAGAAUUCUACUGACUGCAAGGGAUUCUGCCAGCCUGGGACGUUCUCAGACACAGGUCUGGAGGACUGUAGUCCAUGUGACAUUGGCUUCUACCAGCCUGACAGAAAUGCCACCACAUGCCUCGCCUGUCCUGACGACAAGUCCACAGUUAGCAUGAACUCCACAUCUCCUGACCAAUGCUUUAGUCAUUGUCUGGCUGGUCACUUCUCGCCCACGGGUCUCCAGCCAUGUGAGCCGUGUCCCCUGAACACCUACAACCCCAACCCUGGCCGCAGGAGCUGUGUGGACUGCCCAGGGACACAGGAAACUUUCUUCCUAGGAGCAUCCAGUCCUACUGCCUGCUUUGUGAAUGACAACUGUCAUUCCGACCCGUGCCAGAAUGGAGCCACUUGUGAGGACCUUGUAGGGGGUUACCAGUGCCACUGUACUCCGGGAUACAAUGGGACAAACUGUGAGCAGGACCUGGAUGACUGUGCCUCCAACCCCUGCAACAACAAUGGAACGUGCCAGGAUCUAGUUAAUGGCUUCAACUGCACUUGUGUGUCUGGCUAUGCAGGUGACACCUGUCAGAUGGAAGUGAAUGAGUGUGCCUCCUCUCCCUGCCAACAUGGAGGCACCUGUAUCGAUCUCUUCAACACCUACCAGUGCUACUGCCUCCCCGGGUACACCGGACACUCCUGUCAGGAGGAGAUCGACGAGUGUGCCUCCUCCCCAUGUCUCAGCGGGGCCAGCUGUGUGGAUGAGGUGGAUGGGUACAGCUGUGAAUGUCCACCUGGGUUUGCAGGGGACCAUUGUGACAUGGAGAUAGAUGAGUGCCAGUCCCAGCCAUGUCUGAAUGGUGGAACCUGUAACGACCAGGUCAACGGCUACAACUGCUCCUGUGUGGACGGCUGGGCAGGAACACACUGUGAGGUUGACAUUGAUGACUGUCAGGGUGUGACCUGUCAGAAUGGAGGCACUUGUUAUGACAGGCUGAACGACUUUGUGUGUGAUUGUUUCCCAUCCUUCUCUGGUAAAACAUGUCAGCAAGAAAACUCAGCUGACUUUGACCUGGUGUUCACAAAGACAACCACAGCUGACUAUGCGAUGUUCAGGCCUGAGUUCCUACACAACCUGCCCCAGUUCACGCUGUGUACAUGGCUCAGGACCUCAGACACUAUCAACACUGGCACCAUCUUCUCCUACGCUGCAGAGAGUAACUUCCUCAACAGGGAUAACACUCUCACACUGAGCGACCCAGCUCACCUCACGUUGUUUGUGAAUGGUGAGGAGGUACUUCUGAACUCAGCAGUGAACGAUGGCCUGUGGCACCAUGUGUGUGUGUCCUGGGUUAGCGCUGACGGCAGCUGGGAGUUUUACCUGGACGGAAACUUACAGAACAGUGGGACUGGACUGGCCACCGGGACCCAGGUCAUGGGAGGGGGAGUUGUUGUUCUUGGUCAGGACCAGGACAGUCUGGGAGGGAGCUUCCACCCCCGCGAGGCGUACCUGGGUGAGCUGUCCCGGCUGAACCUGUAUGAUGACAAGGUGUCAGCAGGAGAUGUAGAGGUCCUGGCCACCACCUGUGUGGACAGGACCGAUGGAACAGUCCUGGCCUGGGGAGACUUCCGCCCUGCUGGGGUUCUACAUGGAGACCUGCAGCCAAGAACCCCGUCCUGGUGUCAAGACACCAACGAAUGCCUGAACCCAGUUUUGUGCAACGGUCGAGAGUGUCAAGACACCCGAGGGUCGUACCAAUGUGUGUGUCCCGCAGGGUGGACAGGGCAGAACUGUGACGUCAACAUCAACGAGUGCAGUUCCUCCCCCUGCACUUACGGAGUGUGCACAGACGGCAUUAAUGGCUACACUUGUAACUGUUCUGAGGGAUACACUGGCAAGAACUGUGAUGAAGUAGUUGAUCCUUGUGAGAAAUCUCCAUGCAAAAACGGAGGCGCUUGUGUAUCAGAUUCCAACAACUUUGUCUGUUCGUGUACUGAGCCUAGUAUCAUGAAUGAAGUCUGCGAAUAUGAGACCCCUUUCUGUGGCAACAACCCAUGUCAGAAUGGUGGCACCUGCUUGAACCUGAGGGAUGGCUAUACCUGCACGUGUCCUACAGGGUUUGGAGGGACAAACUGCUCACUUUCUGUCCUCCCUUGUGACUCAAAUCCAUGCUAUAACAACGGUACAUGCACAAGUUACCCGGGCGGAUUCCAGUGUUCCUGCCCACCUUUGUAUAUUGGCUCACAAUGCCAGGUCUACAACAAUCCUUGCGUGGAAGGCCAGUCGCCUUGCCUUAACAAUGGUACAUGCCAAGCUGCCGACAAUAGUAGAGGGUACGAGUGCGUGUGCCAAUCACCCGACACUCAGGGAGAGAACUGUGAGGAGUUGUUGCCGUGUGCUGUUGCCCAAAAGCAGGCCCCUCCCUGCCGGAACAAUGGCACCUGUGUCAACAAUGGUACCGGCUACCUGUGUGACUGCCCCUCUGGGUUUAAUGGGGAGUUCUGUGAGACAAUGGACUACUGUGCAAGCACACCUUGUAUCAAUGGUGGUACCUGCCAGUUGGAGUCAGGUGGGUACACCUGCAGGUGCACAGAGCCAGCAAAGAUGGACGCCAACUGCCGCUACCUGGGAACAACACCAGCGCCCACUCCAUGUGACCCCAACCCCUGCCUACACGGAGGCCACUGUGAGACACGAGGUUCUGACUUUGUUUGCCGCUGUGCAGUGAAGCUUGAAGGAAUGACCUGCAACAGAGCAUAUGAACUCUACGAUACCACUGUAAAACUCAACCUGGUUUACACUGAUGACCUGCGUACCCAAGCAUUUGAAGACAACUUCAAAAGAAACUUCCAGAAGAUGUUCCAGGCCACAGGCCUUCCUGGGGAGAUGGAUGUUACUCAGAUCACUGAUGUCAGGUCUGGCAGUGUGAUUGUAGACUUCACAGCCAAACACUCCAUUCUGGCCAAUGAGACCCGACCAGAUGUGAACACCAUGAGGCAGGAAAUGGAGGACCAGCUAAGUACAGGCCGAAUGGGAGACCUGGCCGCACACAGGAAUGGCUUUGCCAUGUCCAUCCAAGGUGUUAUGACAACAACACCCAAGCAGAUGCCAGCACCACGGGUUGAUGACAACACCCUCACCAUCAUCAUUGUGGUGGUUCUGGUUUGCAUCACCGUCAUCGUUGUUGCCAUAGUCGCUGCAGUCGUCCGCACCAGGAAACAGAAACGUACGCUCCCGCCCACCCCCACUGCCAAGAUCAGCUACCAGAACAAAGCCUUCCGAGGCAGUCGGGACAGCGGCAUCAUGCAGGACAUCGGUAACCAGAGCAUGCUGCCAGGACAGAGGUUCGACCAGCACAUCUACGAAGACUUGAAGGAGUACAGGAUUGAUCACUACGCUGAGUCCGACUUUGUACCCAAGACCGAGCUUGACAACGCCGUCAAUCAGUUCAAGAGCGCGAAAAGCAGGCGUGACCUCCCCCCUGUACCCUCUAGUCCCCAGUACACAGACAUGUCAGGAGCAACUAACACCCUCAAACAGGCCAUGAUGUCAGAGGAGUAUGUUCUAGAAGAUAACAGAAAGUCUACAUACCAAGACCUGAAGCCUUCGGAAUACCAAGGGCUUGUAAAACCUCACAAAACCAACCAGCAGGUUAGGAAGAGGACCAACAGUACUAAUGACCACAGCGUUGUGUAUCAGAAUGAAGCAUAUGUCAAUGAUGAGAUUUUACCCAGUCCCCCUCCUGGAAGUAAGAUUGUGUAUGAAGAUGACUGCAUUGAGGGGGCAAUGCCCUCUACAAGGUUAUAGUAUUUGGAAGAUCAGUAAAAUGUUGAAGGCCAAAAGAACAAAAAAACACCAAAGAUAAUGUAUAUGAAUGGAACACCUCGAGAUAAGGUGAAAAAUAGAACCUUAUAAAAAGACAAUCAUUAUAAUGUUGGGCCUUAAGUAGUUGUGUUAUUCUGUGAUUGAGCAUAUAUUUUAGGAAACAUUGUAAAAAAAAAGUGUUAUCACAAUAAGCCAUAUCUGAUGCAUGUGUUGUAGGAGCAACACAGCAGUUGCAAAGAAGGUUAUUGGCAGGAGCUAUAUAUUAUUAAUCAUAGCAUCAAAUGCAGGAAACUAAAAAUGAUAUUUAGUCAAGAGGAUCAAAUUGUUGCUUGUAUCAUAUCGAUGUUAUAGAUGAUUCUGUCACGACUUCAUUGAUUAUUUUUGAAAUAUGAUAGUAACAAUACAAUUUUAUAAACCUGUGUCUGGUGUAGGUAUCAUAACACUAUAGCUGAUUGAUAUUGUAGCUAUUUUGACAUGAAUGAAAUCAUUAUAAUCUAUGAAAUACUUACGAACAUGCUAAAGUAUUAGGCUAAUCUUAACUAUUUCUAUGAUAGCAUAAGAGACAAUAUUAUGUAUACCAUAUACAAAUGUAUUUGCAUACAUUUGCUGUAAUGGUUUUUAAAAAUGAAUAAGUCCAACAUUUCAUAUCAGAUGUAAAUAAUGUAUCGUCAGUUUUGCAUGUAAUUUUACCAAAGGUGGGCUGAGCUUUACUGUACUUGGGGCUGGUCUCCCCUUAAGGCACUCUGUAUAGUGCCAAGAAUGAAUGUGAAAAGCUGACAUUAUGAAUGAUAGUGCAAAUCAUUCUGUUUAUUUAUGUAAAGUUUUAUACUGAGCAAUUAAAGAAGUGGGUGGUUGAAAGAUGUGGAGCUUGUCUUCUAGCUGUUAAGGGCUGUAAACAGUGGAAAUAACAUAGUUUUGUAUUGUCGUCUUAACUAGGCUUAUGCAUAACAUCACAGGGAAGAAUAGAGAGAGAUAGAGAGAACACUUAUUGAUUUUUCAACUGCAAUUAACUCUUAUCUACUGAUUGCAGUUGAUGAAUAACAGCUAACCGUCAAAGGACUCACAAAUCUUAGGCCUAGAGGGAAGAAAAACUCAGCAUUCAUGAAUACCUGACACGAUGUAUGAACAGCUAGUAAUUUCCUCUCAACUGUUUGAAGUUCUGGGCGACGCUUUCCGACU